AUGGGGACAUCAUGGCAUAAUGUGAAUGGGAAGAUUUGGAUUUUUGUGGAUGCAGAAAUUCAAGUAGAAAUAAUGAGAGAUACAGAACAACUGUUAUCCUGUAGAUUCACUCAUUUGGGUGAUGGGCAAGAGUUAGUGCUUACAGUUGUUUAUGCGAGUACUGAUAGAAAUGGGAGAAUAGCUCUAUGGGAGGAUCUAUAUGACAUGUCUUCACACAUCACCAUCCCAUGGCUUGUGGGUGGGGAUUUUAAUGUCAUUACAGAUGACAUUGAGAAAUUUGGGGGUCUUCCUGUACAGUUUGCAGAAACAGAGGAUUUUAGACAAUGUAUAGACAUUUGCCAACUGAUGGAUCUUGGUUUUACUGGAAGUAUGUUCACAUGGUGGAAUGGGAGAUCGGAUGAGGCUUGUAUAUUUAAAAGACUGGACAGAUGUUUGGGAAAUCAGGCUCUGCAGAAUAGUUUUCCUAAUUUGGAGGUAGAGCAUCUCAUUAAACAAGGUUCUGACCACUCCCCCUUGCUGGUAAAUAUGAGAGCAGAUAGUAGACCAAUUAGGAAAUCUUUCAGGUUUCUUAAUUUUUGGGUGGAGCAUGAAUCUUUUCUAGAUGUAAUCAAAGAAAAUUGGGUGGAAUCUUAUGGCUCAGACCCCUUCUUUAACUUUCAUAAUAAGUUAAAAAAGAUGGGAAGAGCUCUCUCUAAGUGGAGUAGGGACACUUAUGGUGAUAUCUUCAAGCAAAUUGCAACUCUGGAGGAAGUGGUGCAGGUGCAUGAGCAAGAAUUUGAACAGAAUCCUACAGGGCUUAACAGGGAAAGGCUACAAAGGGUACAAGCUGAUCUGAUCAGAAAGCUACAAUUACAGAGAAUUCAAGAUCAUACAAGUACAUGGCUGGACACUGAAGAGGAGAUUGCACAGGAAGCAAUCAGAUUUUUCUCAGACCAAUUCAAAGAGGAAAAUAUCCCUACAGAUUUCUCUAUGCUUGAUAAGAUUCCUAAAAUGGUUACAGAAGAACAAAAUCAACAACUCUAUGAAAUGCCAGAUGAAGCAGAGGUGAAAAGAGCAGUUUUUGGUUUAAAUGGAGACAGUGCAGGGGGUCCUGAUGGUUUCACAGGAAGAUGUUUCCAAGCUUGUUGGGAAAUUAUUGCAAAUGACUUGGUGACCAUGCAAUCAGGAUUUGUUAAAGGCAAGAGUAUUGUAGAAAACAUUCUGUUGGCUCAGGAAAUUGUACAUGAUAUUAGGAUUAGAGGAAAGCCUGCAAAUGUUGUCAUUAAGCUUGACAUGGAAAAGGCUUAUGACAGAAUUCCUAAAAAGGAUUUUCCAUUCACAUAUUUGGGUGUACCAAUCUACUAUGGGAGAAGAAGGAACAUUCACUACAAGGAGAUAAUAGAAAAGAUUCAGAAUAGACUGAGCUCAUGGACUGGUAAGCUGUUAUCUAUUGGAGGAAGGACAACACUGAUUAAACAUGUUUUACCGAGCAUGCCUAUACACCUACUAUCCGCUUGUGACCCUCCUAGUGCUAUACUUGCUCAGAUUCAUAGAUUGUUUGCUAAGUUCUUUUGGAGCAACUCUGUGGGAAAUUCAAAUUUUGAGUGUGAUCCCACAAUCAUCCUUGUAAAAGAAACUGCAGAAGUGGGGCAAUGGGAUGAACAGUUGCUAAGAAGAAUCCUUCCUGAGGAUCUAGCAGACCAUAUUGUGCAGCACAUUAAUCCACCAAAUGAAAAUGGUCAAGCAGAUAAGGCUUUCUGGAAAUUAGAUUCGAGGGGGAAAUUCACAGUUGGGUCUGCAUUUCAAUUGCUCAGACAAAGAAAAGACCCCAGUAAUUUGUAUAAGCAGAUGUGGAUCAAAGGACUACCAAUAAAGAUAUCUUUUUUUAUGUGGAGAUUUUGGAAGUUCAAGCUACCAUUGGAUGAUAAGUUGAAGAAAUGGGGACACCAAUUCCCUUCCAGAUGCUAUUGUUGUCAACAUCCAAAAGUGGAAGAUACCUCCCAUGUCUUUUUACACUCACCAACAGCUCAAGCCAUCUGGAAGUAUUUUUGUGGACCAGUGGGAAUAAAUACUGAGAAUUUGCAAUCCAAAGAUCAACAACCUUCAGAUUGUUCUCUUUGCAACAGCUCUAUACAGGCCUCUGAAUACUGUCAACAGAAUGCAUUUGUUCGAACCAGCUCACUGCAAUAUGAACUGUCUGUCCAAGAGAUGAAAAACUUGUCUCAGUAA